AUGGAUAAUUGGAGGUCCCUGGCGGCAGUCCUGGUGUUCUUUGCAUUGUUGGAAAUCUACCACGGAUUUCCUUUUAAUGUGAAUUCUGAGACAAGGACACCAGACAACUGGCAGGACGAGAGCCUGGACAGCGCUGCAGUCAGUAAAAUGGCAGACAUGAUGAAAAGAUCCAAAGCUUUGCGCUUCUACGGGCUGAUGGGGAAGCGCUCAGGUUCAAGGCAGCCGAUACAAAUGAACAGACGACGCAACAAAGGAGAGAUGUUUGUGGGCCUGAUGGGGAGAAGCAUCACCAGCGGAGAAUCCUUGACUCAAAUCCUCCCGGGGGCAUCGCGGGCCAUCGGCUGUGUCCAAGGAGUCCCAUGA